ACCGCUGAUCCAACGGGCGAGAUCCGAGCCUCUUAACUUCUCUUUACUGAGGCAAAAGAGUGAGCACCUCGUAGACACCGUCAGAGGGAAGAGCGAGCAAGGGAGCUCUCAUGUCAUCCCUCCUUGCCUCCAAGCUUCUUUCUGAGCCGUCGCCUUCCUCCUCCUCUCGCUCGUCCCUCUGCUUCUCCUCCCACUCUCCUCCCUCUCUUCUCCCGCGCUCCGUCGCCUUUCCUUUUCCUAAGCGGAGCAGAUGCCGCUUGAAGCUCGUCCGGGCCCAAGAUUCCGACACCGUCGCUUCCGGCGGCGACCCCAAGCCCCAAAAUGGCAACCUGCCCAAGAACAGGAGGGAUGUUCUUUUGGAAUAUGUGAAAAAUGUUCAGCCAGAGUUCAUGGACUUAUUUACAAAAAGAGCACCACAACAGGUUGUCGAUGCCAUGCGCCAGACUGUCACAAAUAUGAUCGGAACACUUCCACCUCAAUUCUUUGCAAUUACUGUUACUACGGUUGCAGAAAACCUGGCACAACUUAUGUAUAGUGUUAUGAUGACUGGUUACAUGUUUAGGAAUGCACAAUACCGUUUGGAAUUGCAGCUAAGUCUAGAUCAGAUAGCUCUCCCUGAUCCAGAAGAGAAGAAUGCAGUUCCAAAAUAUGCACCUGGUUCACAGAAAAAGGUGACUGGAGAAAUUAUUAGGUGGAACAAGAUUACUGGCCCUGAAAAAAUGGAUGCCAUGAAGUACAUUGAAUAUCUUGAAAGAGAAAUUGAAGAACUAAAUCGUCAAGUUGCAAGGAAAUCUGCAAAUGGACAGAAUGAACUUUUGGAAUAUCUAAAAUCACUCGAACCUCAAAAUUUAAAGGAACUGACAAGUAGUGCUGGAGAAGACGUUGUUUUUGCUAUGAACACCUUUAUAAAGCGUCUUCUGUCAGUUUCGGAUCCUGAACAAAUGAAGACGUCGAUGACAGAAACAAGCGCUUCUCAACUUGCCAAUCUGCUAUUUUGGAUGAUGGUAGUUGGCUAUAGCAUUCGCAAUAUUGAAGUCCGCUUCGACAUGGAAAGGGUGCUUGGAACUUCUCCUAAGCUUCCAGAAUUACCACCUGGAGAGAACAUCUGAGGGCGCAGCACAACUCUUGCAGUAGUGAAUCCCAGACCUUUGAGGUUGCAGCACAUUGACCUAUCAUCAUCUUAUGCGCACUGAUAGUAGUCAAGAUGCCUCCAUAUUUGUUGGCCUGUACAAGACUCAGCAUUAGAAGUAAAAAAAUUGUUGUGAUGCAAAUGACUAACGGAAUACGAAUUACAAUAGUGUUAAAUGGUUCUUUUUCCUUCGAGUUAUUUUUUGUUAAA